AUGGCUGUUAAUGCCACUUUCCCUGAAGAUGUAACGCUUAAGAUUCUAGCUAGAUUGUCAGUGAAGUCUUUAAAACGAUUUCAUUGCAUACAAAAAUCUUGGCUAGCUUUGAUUCAAAAUCCUGAAUUUGCGUUUGCUUACAUCACUUUUAGCGGAGCAAAAGCCUAUCCUCUUGUCCAGCGUGACAAUGAUGUUACCAAGAAGCCUAUUAUUUCAUUGCUUUCCAAUGAAACACUUGAUGUAAAAAGUGAUGAUGAUGAUAUUGUCAUUUGGAACCCUGCUACCAAAGAGUUCAAGCUUAUUUUAGACCUUGAGGUUGAUAAUCUAGGUCGUGAACCAUAUGGUUGUUCUUCAAUGCUAUCACUUUUCAACUAUUUUUGGGAUGCAGUGGGUUUUGGUCAUGAUUCCGAGACAGAUGAUUAUAAAGUGACACCAUUUCCUGAUCGUGUUUUUGGUAAUUUUUACCCUACAAGCAAGAUUGCUAAAUUCAUGGAAAUGGAUGGAUGUGUUGCCAGAGUUUUUUGUUCUAACCAUGAAGAGAUAGAUAAAGAUCCCAACAUUAAAACCUCAAAUGGUUUCUUCCCUAAAGAUUAG